UUCUAUUUAUAAAACGAUAACGUCAUGGCAAAUAUCGGAGUAACAAAUAGCAUUCCAAGGCAUUUGACAUAUUCCAAAUCGAAUGUUCCAUUAUUUGGCGCUCUUGUGGACUAUAUGGAGACAAGCUUCGAAUAUCUACGCCGCAAGACCUUCGCAAGGGCUGAGAGACUUCACCUCAAAACCUCCAGAACAUCGCUGUCAGCUACAUUUGUUUCUACAGUCUGUCUCCUACUCGGUUUGGUAUGCAACGUGAAGUUUGAAGUGGUGACCUUCGAGGACGAAGCUUUGCCAAAUGACUUGCAUUUUAUGUUGAUGAGUAAAGAUGAUAAGCUAUAUAUCGAUGACAUCGAUGUUUCAAGGGUCAUUUGGUGCAUCGAAGCUUCUGAUACUCUGGUGAUUUUAAUCAGCUCCUUACUUAUAUGGAACUCGUCUUACGUGAGUUCUCCUCUACGCGAGUAUUUGUUUCUGCCGUGGCUGGGCGCGACGCUUCGAGGACUGUUCUUGCGUCAGGUGCCCACCGCUGGGGCACUUGUAUACACCAUGGCUGUCAUUAACGGGAACGUAAAUCCGCUGUUUAUGACCGCCUUUACUUUUUUAUUUCUGCUAGAAGCUCGUCUCUGGCUGGAAAUAGCGCGAUUGGUUCGUAUGCGCUGGGAAAGAAGGGAAUAUUUUGACGUCUCCCGCCAUUCCCAAUAUGAAGUACAGACGCUUUGGAGCAACGACGACGUGCAGAGCGUGGAAGUUGGGAACUACGUUUAUUAGGAGUUUAAUUUGAACCUGAUCCUGUUUCUGAACUUUCACUUUUUUUUUUAUUUAGUUCGCAAAGCUGACAAUCAACUGCUUACUCUAAUAUAAACUAUAGUACUAUUUGGCAUGUGCAUUGAACUCACAUUUAACUAGAUUAGUGAAUGUUUUAUAGGUAGGUACAUUCAAUGGCGUUCCCACUAUUUUUUUUUACAGAACUUGUUAUAUGCCAUUUCCUGCUUUAUGCUCGGACAAAAACCCUGUACAUGCAAUCUUUAUCAUCAUAACAUCUACAGGGCACGGGUAUCCUCCCACAAUGAGAAGGGUUAAAGUCCA